AGCUCUUGCACAUGCGUACAGUAAAAGUUGGCGCCAUUUUGUUCUCCCAGCUACUGGUGAGAAACGUUUCUUAUGGGUGAGAAGAAUGUAGUUAUAUUUUCCGCACUAUAGAACCCAUAAUUCAGUGACAGACAGCGCUGAUGACACAGAGGAGAGAUUAGAGACUCAUUGUUGAAGGGAAGCUGGAAUGGUGAACUGGCACGAGGAUGGGGGCAUUUCUGGACAAGCCAAAGACAGAGAAAGUGAACGAGCACGGUUCUGGGAACGGGCUAAGGUUUGGUUUGAGUUGCAUGCAGGGAUGGCGGGUGGAGAUGGAGGAUUCCCACACGUCGGUGCUGGGUCUGCCGCACGGUCUCAAGGACUGGUCCUUCUUUGCCGUGUAUGAUGGUCAUGCCGGUGCAAACGUCUCUAUGUAUUGUUCAGAGAACCUUCUGGACUCUAUCACUAACAACAAAGAUUUCAAAGGCACUGACCAGCCUGCGGGGCAGAUCACACCUUCAGUAGAAAAUGUGUCGGAGGGAAUUCGAACAGGAUUCCUUUUGCUGGAUGAGAAACUUAGGACGUUGCCAGAACUAGAGAACGGAGUCGACAAGAGCGGCUCCACGGCAGUGUGUUGCAUUGUCUCACCCACACACAUAUUCUUUGCAAAUUGCGGCGAUUCAAGAGGUGUGUUAUCCAGGAAUGGGAAAUGUGAGUUCUUCACCAAAGAUCACAAGCCAUUCCACCCUACAGAGAGAGAGCGCAUUCAAAAUGCCGGUGGUAGUGUUAUGAUCCAGAGAGUCAAUGGUUCACUAGCUGUUUCCCGUGCACUAGGUGAUUUUGAGUACAAGUGUGUAGAUGGGCUAGGUCCAUGUGAGCAGCUGGUCUCUCCAGAGCCAGAGAUCACGGUACAAGAGAGGACCGAUAAAGAUGAGUUUGUUGUCCUGGCUUGUGAUGGGAUCUGGGAUGUGAUGAGCAAUGAUGAAGUGUGCGACUUCGUGCGGUCGCGGAUGCAGCUGACUGACAACCUGGAGAGCAUCGCAAACCAAGUGGUGGACACCUGCCUGUACAAGGGGAGUCGAGACAACAUGUCCAUCGUGCUGCUGGCCUUCCCCAACGCUCCCAAGGUGUCGCAGGAGGCCAUACAGAAGGAGGGGGAGCUGGACGAGAGGCUGGAGAGGAGGAUUGGAGAGAUUGUGAACACCAGCGAGCCGGGUGAGGUGGACCUGGCCUACAUCAUGCACGUGCUGUGCUAUGAGGAAAUCGAAGGCCUCCCACCAGGAGGCGGGCUGGUCUCCAAACGGCAGACCAUUGAGGAGAUCCUGCACAGACUUUGCCCCAACACCAGGCCUGAUGACGGUCGGUACCUACGCUCUACUUUCCUAAAACCCAUGAAAUUGUUAAAAGAGCCUCAGGCUGACCCCGACCCCUAGUUGAGGGAAGAUUCGGAACAGAAUGCCAAUGGUGAAGAUUCAUGGUGACACCUGCCAGGUGCACCCAUCCAGAUGCAGCUGCAGCUGGAGCAUGUGGAAUCACCACACCUACACAGUACCCCUGUGCUCAACUCUACCAUGCAGUACACCACACUGUGAUCAACAACUAUUACUUAUAAUCUAUAGCUUGUAUUUGCCUCAUAUAUAUAAAAAUGGGUCUAAUUUUUCCAUCUAUGUUUUGAUGAUGUUGGUAUUGUAUCAAGGGCAAAUGGAUCCUUUGUUUUUUUGUUUUUUUUGCCAGCUUCAGGUGAGUGCUUGCUUGACUGAUGGUGGUACAUAUAUCUGUGUUAAUCAGUAAGGACUGGGGGGUUACCAGGCCAGCUCUUCAGCAGGUGGACAUGUCAAAGGAUUGGUUGUGAUAUUUUACAGGAAAAAAAGUCAUUCUUACCAUUGAUAUUGAAUGUGUUGGUCAGAUCAGAUUCACAACCAAUGCCUUCCUCUUCAACUCUAGAUGUACAUGUCCAUACUUCUGUGAGAUGCGACCUGGGAUCAUCUGGGUAUAGAACACCCAUCAUGGCUUUCCAUGUCGGCUGCAGACAUGGCGGGACAUGAUGGCCAGGGUGGGAAGAUGCUUCUUUAGCUGCGUACUGCCCUUUGGUCUAGAUUCAAUAAUUAAGUGAUAAUUGGAAGGGUAGAAAUUGUCUGGGAGUAAAAGUACUUUAGCUUUGUACAGUGCAUCCUUAAAUGUUAGUCACAACUUGAGAGAAAAGGCAGACUUUGGAAAAGCCUGCACAAAAAAUGCCUGGGAUGACUUCGUAUGAUGUAGACUUCCUAUGAAUGGUGGUAUUCCAAGAGAUGAUAUCUUUGUGAUUAUUUAUGUGCAGUGAUGUGAAUGAGAAAUUGUUUGUUGUUUUUUUUGUUUCACUGUAUGCUUAAUUCAGAAACAUGUAACAGAUGGUACAUUUCACCUGUGGAUCCAACUCAGCUCACAAAAUGCAUAUUUUCUGAUGUCUCUGAUGUCUCCCAGCAAGUCAAACCUUGGGUCAGAAUCAUUUUUGCUAACUUUGGUUCCACAAAGUUGGCAAUGAUAAAUGGAUGUUCACACUGCAUUAGAGCUUUCAUAACGUGAUUCAUAACUUGAUGAGAAUGGGAGCUAAGGCAAAGGAAGUUGUUCGUAACCCGGAAUCAUCCAAGACAUAGCCAUGGCUCAGCAUCAUUGUAAUUGUAGGCAGUGAAAAUAGGACAUGAACCUUCUGGAUCAUAGUGUGCUUUUGUUUCAUUUUAGGUCAGGCAAAAAAAGAGCUUAGUUUGGAACAUGGUGGAAUCUGGUAGGCUCAAAAGUAACAUCCACGGUACACCCCAAAUUGGCUGAUUUGGAAACUGUAUGUAGAUUCAUUUCACAAGAUGAUCCAGUGGUCUGUAUGCAGGCCAUAUGCCUAUGGUCUGUGGUGAAUGAGAUGGAGACUAAACAACACUCUCUGUGGCACAGCACCUGUUGUCUCACAACAGAGUUACUCUAUCAGUGGUGGUAAACUGGUACAGAGCUUUGGUCAGAAUGCUUGCAGGUCUUACCAUUGCCAACACUACUUUGAUGAUCUUCCCUCUUACUGUCGUCAAUCUUGCUGAAUGACUGAGGAGUCUCUUUGCUAUGGAUGACAAACACUGGAUCCAGUACGACUUGUAAACUUCGUCUCUGUAUAUGGCAGACUUCUUCAAUGUAAAUUAGAAAUACUGUACUUGGCUUGCUGUAAAUAAUGCAAAUGUCACCAAUGUUACUACAAACUAGACCUGGUGCAUCCUUUUGUAGGAAGUACGAGACACUGUUUCAGACUGGUGGCUUUGUGGAUGUGUUGUUGGUGAAAUUUCACAGCUUCCAUCGGACCUUAGGGUGGGAGUUGCCUGCCCAGUAAUUUUUGCCAAAGCUAUUUGUGUGAAAAAGCUUUAAUGCAGUUGUGUUGUACCCCAGGAUUCAAGGGUAGCAUUUAAGAAAAACAUGGGAAACUCUACUAAAUGUAUUAUUCAGCAGGGUUUUCUAGUAUUUUCUUUAUGAAGGCAGUUUUUGGUAUGGGGUCAACCUGUUUGAAAUUUGAAAUCAACUUGCCAAAAGUCAUCUCUCAGAAAGAAACUGGUAUUUGCAGCCAGAGAGGUACUGGACCAAGAAUUGUUUCUUGACCGUUUCAGCACUACAUAUUUGGUUGAUCUGAGAGGGUUUCAUUAAGACUUCAUGGUGGAAUGUGACAGAAUUUCCCCCUACUGUACAUGUUGAUGGAUGCAUCUGAAAUGAUUACAGUGUACAUUCGAUAGGGAUAGCUGCCUGGAAAUCGCAAUUCAAUGUAAAAAGGAAAGAUCCCACUGUAGAGUUUCCUGUAAGAUAAUGUUACUAGCCCUGUGUGUAAGCAAUGAGUCCUGUAUGUACACAAUCUGUGAUGGGUAUGUCUGGUGUAGGGGUGAGUCUAGUAUACAGGUGGAUAUAAUAUACAUGUACUAAGCUGUAUGCUAAAGCCAGUGACAUUAUGGUGUUGUCAUUCCCUGCCUGUUGCAUGUAGCUAAAGAGAAUCCUACCUAUUACUCAGAUGAUAGCCGUGUAUCCAAGUACUUUACAAAACAGCACAGGAUACUCCAGUCUUCAGUUACAUGUAUCCAUGUUCACAGGUGUUGUAUCAGUGAAGCUAUAAGGGUUUCACUAUGUCAUGGACAAUUGACAACUGCCCAACAGGAUUUUUUUGCUCCACACUUGAACACUAUGGGUGCUGAUGAAUGCCAAAUUUGUCAUAGCUUUAGAAUGGAGUAUUGAUGAAAGUAUGAUGACCUUUCUGUUAUCUUUACCACACCUCACUGUCCCUGUGAAUGCGAGUCAAUACACUGCACCCCCAUCCCUGGAUCGUCAUAGACAACCAUUUGCCUUUUGUUCGGAAGGCAGGAUUAAAAGAGUGGCUGUUUCAGACCAGAAGGCGAACUUUGGUAACUGGAUACCAUCGACCAAGUGAUUUGAUGUGCAAUUUGCAAAAUUUGAAUUUUGAAAGCUUGGCAUCAAGAAUACAUAGUCCUGACUCAAUUACCACAGAAGUUACCAAAUUCAGUGAAGUUCAAACAACUGAGACAAAGUGGAAGAACGAAAUGAACUUGGCAUUGUGACAGUCAGCUACAAUGUAGUCUCUGUUGCUUUGAUGUUGCUGGUCUUGUCAGGAGGUCAGAAUAUUUAAGUGUAACAGUUCUGUGUUGUACUAUCAUUUCCUGUUCUAUGCACCAGCUUUUGUACAAAGUUACAUCCUAUUCUACAUGUAUGCUACUUUGCUGCCUUCUUUGACUGUACUCAGUAAUAAUCUGUCUGGUCUUACCAUCCAUCUCUACACAAGAGUGCUCCCAACUACUCUGGCCAUCCUGUUCUGCAUGGCAGUGCUACAGACAAACAUGUUGCACACAACACUGUUCAAAAGCUGCUGACCAUUCUCAUCUGUCUUUACUACAUAAUAGAGCACUGGGUUUACUCUACAAUGAUUAUAUGGAUCAUUGCAAUUCUACCUACUGGUGUAAAGACAAACUCUGCUACUCGAGGCUUAAUGCAUAAUGUAUUAUUAAUUUUAAUCAUUGUCAUUGCUAUGCCAGCUGUGCAAUUCUGUUCUUGUGUGGCAGUCACCUGUCCAGUGCCUCAAGUUCGGUUAGACCAGUCUUGGUGGGAAGCACCCAUUUCACUGUCAGAUCCAGUGUGUCGGUCCUUCACAUCUCAUCCAUCCAAAUUGAGGUGAACCUAGUGGAAACUAGGAUGACAGGCCAGUGUGACAUCUGUGGAGCUGACAUAACAGGAAGUUUCCUUAUAUCUUAAAAUCUGUUCAUUUUAAUGUAUGCUUUUCUGACAGACAUGAACAUGACAGACUCACAUGUACCACAUUUCUGAAUAACAAACACAAAUGCAGAUGAUAAUGUCACAAUCGCUUGUGACACUCGUGCUAUAUGUGAUUGGUCUUCAGCUACCGGGCCCUUAUAUUUUUUUUUUAUACAUACAUAUAGAUGUCAAGAUUUUGUGUAUGUGGGCAUAUAUAGAGGAACCUUGUCCACUUAUGAUAAUUACGUGGUUACAAUGAUCUUAAAAUUAAUUCCAUGUACACCAACUGCUGAGCAGAGCCCUUAGUGCUUAAGAUGCUGUAUGUUGUGACUUUAGCUGUUGUCUUGAUGAAUUUGUUUUCACUCAACUUGUAUGAAUAUGGAGUAAUUUGUGUUUGAUAUCAUGUUGAUCUCUUUAUGCUUUUUGGUUUACAAGAUGAUUUUGAUGUAGGUUAUGUUAGAGAUAUGAUUAAAUGGAGAAAGAAUGUUUUGUGUGAUGAUUUGAUUGAUUGUAAUCUUAUAUAUAAGCUUUCUAUGUUGGUUUUUGCAGAUAAACAGCAUUAUGUAUGGCUAUCCUGUGCCCAUCCCAUGCUGAUCACCUUCGUUCACAUAAAAUGUGUUUUUGCGUCAAUUAAAAAAUUCUGAAAUAAGAGUUUAUUGGUCAAACUAUUCGACAUUGUAAAUUGAAAUUGCCACAAUUUUUCAGCAGUUGCAACAUAUUUGUCUGCUCCGAGAGCAGGGUGUUCAGGAUGGUGGGGACACUAGCCAUCACUAGUUGUGGCUUCUAGCAGCAGAUAUACUUAGUCCAGCUUGUGCGGAGAAGCUUUUAAAAUAUAAUGAUACAGAUGGAUGUAUCAUAGAAGAUGGUAUGGUGGCAUAUGAUAAGGUGUUUGACAAAAAGAAAUUCCUUAAAGUGGUGAUUAUUUUGCAAAAUGUCCCCAGGAUUAUGAAGAAUGUCAUGGAAAUCUUUUGUCCUACCAGUGCUAGGUUAAGUGUGAGGUGAUCUUUGUUGGAGCACCCAGCAUGUGUAUCCAAGACCUGAUCCUACUGUAGUCAGCUAUUAGGCAAGAAUAAUGGUUACAGGCUGUUGUGAUGUACCAGACCUAGAACGAAGUAGUGUCAGCUGCUGAAGAAUCAAGAUAGGUCUACUCUUGUAUGUUAUGGCAUGUAGUCCCUAUUAAAUGGAAUAGCCUGUGCAGAA